GAAUAGGUUAAAAAUUUGUUGUCAUUGGUAGGACAUGUUAGUCGUUACAUGUGAACCAUGCUUAUGUCAUUUUUCUUUGCUCUUGACGUUGCUUUUCUAUUUCUAAUAUAUUUGUGUGUUUUGAUAUGCAUUGAUCACCAAUUGCAUAUGGUACGAGAGCUUAUUUUCGAAUAUAUAGCACCUUCUUGGGUCAGUCUUCCCAACUUGGAAACAUUGAUUAUUUUCUACUUUGGAAAACAUGGGAAGAAACAACAGCCAACCCUCUUCCUCUAAUGAUGACAAAAAUCUUGCACCUGCUCAACAUGGAUCAAGUCUCGGAAACCGGAAAACAUUGAAUUUACUUGAAUGCAACAAAUUGAAGAAUUUAGUAUCUUCUUUGGUAUCUUUCCGUAGUUUGAUGACUUUGGAGGUGUCAAGAUGUCAUGAAUUAGAAUAUUUAGUAACUCCCUCAAUAGCUAACAGCAUGAAACAACUCAAAAGAAUGACCAUAAUUGAUUGCAAGAAUAUAAAAAUCAUAGCAUGUAAGGGCGAAGAAGGGGAGAAGAAAAUUGAAUUUAAACAACUGAGGUCUCUUAGACUCCAAUGGUUACCAAGCCUCAAUAGUUUCAGCCCAAGGAAUUACUCCAUCAAUUUCCCACAUAUGGAUGAAUUGAUUGUAAAAGAAUGCCCUAAAUUGGAGAUUUUCUCUGACGGUGAGAUACACGCUCCAGAGCUGAAAAAAGUAUGUCAGACGGGAUAUGAUAAGGGGCACUGGGAAGUUGACCUCAAUACCACCAUUAAAAAGCUUAAUGCAGAAAAGGGAGACACUUUGGAGGAGUUAGGGUCUCUCCGUUGGAAGUUAGCUAACCUUUGGGCUCCAGUAUCCGAUGAGGUAUAUGAGUGUCAUCUUGAAUUUGACAGGCUUCUGAUUCAGGGUGUAUUGAAAUCAUAGCAGGUUUUAUUCUCCUCCAUUUCUAGUUUUCUGCUCUGCUAACAUAUAUUUUCCCAUUGGUUUGGAUGGUAUCUGAGAUAUUGAUUAAACAUUCAUGUAGUCAUGUUUUUCUUUUGAAUUUGUAUUUUUUAGGUUUUAUAUUGUCAUGCAAAUCAAUUCAAAUCUUUCUUGUUUAUUUUAACUUGGAAUAAUCUUGGUAUUCUGCUUGGCAGGGUAGGAAACUUUGAUAUUUGGGUCUUGCAUUUUGUAGAUGGUUUGUUAUAGUUUGCAAUUUAGUUUGAUUUGAUUGUACAAUGAUGCAUUAACUUAUAGAUUGAUUAAUAUUAUGUUGUAUACCCUUUGAAGUAGAUUGCAAUUAAAAUUUAUACCCAAAA